UCUUCUUCUUCCCUUGUUUUCUUUUGCUUUCUUUUCAACCAAACAAAUAAGCGUCGCGUGAUUUUCCUCGUUAUUUCACUUAAUAAUAGUUAAUUAUUUCGAUUCUCCACAAAGGGAAAAAUAAAAACCACCGAUCAUCUUUUAGAAAAACAAAACGUAAAGCGUAGAAUUUCCUUUCUGUAUAAUCGAAGAGAAUCGGCCGCGUGAGUUUAAUUCAUUCUGGAAAUUCGGUAUUUUAGAAAAAUCCCUGAGGAAUUUUCUCGGCUGACAUUUCUAUUGCGAUUGGGAGCUCUUCGUUGAGAAUUUGAUGGAUACCAAUAACUGGAGGUCUACUCCUCCCAGUGGAGAGCCCCCCAUGGAUCCAGGUGAUUGGAGAGCCCAGUUGCAUCCAGAUUCACGACAAAGAAUAGUCAACAAGAUAAUGGAUACAUUGAAGAGGCACCUUCCAUUUUCUGGUCAAGAUGGUUUAAAUGAACUCAGGAAAAUUGCUGUAAGGUUUGAGGAUAAGAUUUUUGCAGCUGCAACCAGCCAGACUGAUUAUCUAAGGAGAAUAUCUUUGAAGAUGCUUACAAUGGAGAACAAGUCUCAGAAUGCUAUACCCAACACAGGGAAUAACAGCAAACCACCUGAUCCAGGUUCUCAAGGCAUGCAGAACCAAGUUCACAAUCAGGGGCAAUCAGUUCCUAUCUCGUUACAAAGUAAUCAAUCUCAAGCACAACUGUUAUCCCAGAGUGUUCCAAAUAACAUGGCAUCUGCUGGAGUUCAAAGUUCUGCUGGUUUACAAUCUGGAAUACCUACUGUAUCUGGUCUAACCCAAAAUCCUGUACCUAAUGUUGUUGGCCAGAAUUCGAACAUGCAGAACAUGUCUGGAAUUUCACAGAACUCAGUGGGGCAUGGGAUGUCUUCCAAUAUUUUUGCUAAUCAGCAGCGACAAAUGCAAGGAAGGCAACAGGUGCUUCCGCAACAGCAACAACAGCAGCAGCAUCUAUACCAUCAGCAGUUACAAAACCAACUUACGAAACAACAGAUUCAACAGGGAAAUCUCCAGCCCUCACUUAUGCAGUCUCACAUGCAGCAACAGCAGACCCUAUUACCACCUACUCAGUUGCAAUCUUCCCAGCAAUCUGGUAUACAAACCUCAUCCAUUAUACAGCAGUCUUCCAUGCAAGCAACUCCUGUUCCUGGUCUACAACACAACCAGCAAUCUUCUCUACAACAGUCAACUCAGUCUAUACUUCAGCAACAUCAACAGUUUAGACAGCAGCAACAGGCACAACAGGCUGCCAGUUCUGGUAUUCAUCAACAAACACCAAUGGCUCAGCAAUCAAUGAUGCCUCAGCAGCAGCAGCAGCCUCCACAGCCACAACACCAGCAGCCACAAAUGAUGGGACACCAGACAAAUGCUGCAAAUACACAGCAAAAUCUGUUAAUUGGACAACAAAACAGCAUUGCGGAAAUGCAGCAGCAGAGGUUGCUAGGCCAGGCUAAUAAUCUUCCAAACCUACAGCAACAGCAUCGGCAGCAGUUAAUGGCUCAAAAAAAUAACCUGUCAAAUAUCCAUCAGCAACAGUUGGGUCCUCAGAGUAAUAGUUCUGGAUUACAGCAACAGCAACCACAAUUAAUUGGAAACCAGUCGGGUAACUCAAGCAUGCAAACUAACCAGCAAUCUUUACACAUGCUAUCCCACCCUAAAGUUCCACUCCAACAAACGCAGCAGAGUGCAUCUAAUUUGUUACCAACACAAGGGCAGGCAUCCCAGCAGUCACAGCAGCAACAACAACUGAUGUCGCAGAUGCAAUCACAGUCUAAUUUGCAGCAACAAUUGGGUUUGCAACAGCAACCGAAUCAGUUACAACCAAAUAUGCAGCAAAGGAUUCAAACAUCAGGUCAAGUAUCAAGCUCCUUGCUUCAAUCACAAAAUUUGACAGACCAGCAAAAGCAGUUGUAUCAAUCACAAAGAGCUGUUCAGGAGACAUCAUCAACAUCUUUAGAUUCCACAGCUCAAACAGGGCUUGCUAACGGUGGUGAUUUGCAAGAAGAGGUAUAUCAGAAGAUCCAGACAUUGAAGGAGACAUACUUGCCUGAAUUAAAUGAGAUGUACCAGAAAAUUGCUACCAAGUUGCAGCAGCAUGAUUCUAAUCCACAGCAGCCAAAGUCUGAGCAGCUUGAGAAGUUUAAACUAUUCAAGGCCAUGUUGGAGCGCAUUUUAGCUUUCUUAUCUGUUCCCAAAGCGAGUAUAACAGCCCCUUUCAAGGAGAAGUUGAGUUCGUAUGAGAAUCAGAUAAUAAAUUUUGUGAAUUCCAAUAGGCCAAGGAAGCCUGUCUCGAUGCUGCAGCAAGGACAGUUUCCUCCACCUCAUAUGCAUUCCAUGCAACAAGCACAAACACAAAUGAAUCAGACACAGUCUCAUGAUAAUCAAAUGAACCCUCAGUUGCAGUCGAUAAAUUUACAAGGUUCUGUGCCAGCAAUGCAGCCUAACAACAUGACAAGCAUGCAGCAUAAUUCUUUGUCACCUGGGGUUUCGACAGCACAGCAGACCAAGUUAAAUUCAUUACAGCCAGGUUCCAAUAUGGAUUCAGGACAAGGUAAUACCCUUGUCUCAAUGCAGCAGGUUGCUUCAGGACCAUUACAACAGAAUCCUGUGAGUACUUCCCAGCAGGCAAAUUUUAACAGCUUGUCAUCACAAAGUGGGGCAGGUGUCCUGCCGCAUAACAUUAAUCCUCUUCAGUCAAGUUCCAGCAUGCUUCAGCACCAGCAUAUGAAACAACAUCAAGGACAGCAAAUGCUACAGUCACAAAAGUACAAGCAACAGUUUCAACAACGCCAAAUGCAGCACCAAUAUAUACAACAGAAGCAGCAGCUACUGCAACAACAACAGCAGCUGCAGCAGCCGCAGCAGCAAGCAAAGCAACAACUGUCCACUCAAAUGCAGACACACCAGAUGCCCCAGCUGCAUCAGAUGAGUGAUGCGAAUGAUAUGAGGCAGGGGAUGGGUUCUAAGUCUGGGGUAUUCCAACAUCUUCCGGCAGGCCAGCGGCAAUCUUAUACCCAUCAGCAGUUGAAACCAGGUGCUCAAUUUCCCGUUUCUUCACCGCAGCUACUUCAGGCUGCAUCUCCUCAGAUGCCUCAGCAUUCUUCCCCACAGGUUGAUCAGCAAAACCUGAUAACAUCCAUCUCAAAAUCUGGAACUCCCUUGCAAUCUGCAAAUUCACCUUUUGUUGUUCCUUCACCUUCAACUCCGUUGGCUCCAUCACCUAUGCCUGGGGAAUCCGAAAAACCUGUUCAGGGAACUUCUCUCACAAAUGUUGCUACUAUCGGAAAUCAACAAGGAACUGGUGUUCAUGCAGGCUCCCAAUCCCUUGCAAUCGGCACUCCAGGCAUAUCAGCCUCACCUCUGCUUGCUGAGUUUACUGGUGCAGAUGGAACUCAUGCUAAUGCUUUGACAGCUGUUUCCAGCAAGUCAAGCAAUACGGAGCAACCUCUUGAACGUUUAAUGAAAGCAGUGAAAUCCAUUUCACCUGUAGCAUUGGGUGCAGCUGUAAGUGACAUUGGCUCAGUUAUCAGCAUGACUGACAGGAUAGCAGGUUCAGCCCCAGGUAAUGGGUCCAGGGCUGCAGUAGGUGAGGAUCUGGUUGCCAUGACAAAGUGUCGUCUGCAAGCAAGAAAUUUCAUCAGUCAAGACGGAAUGAGUGGGUCAAAGAAAAUUAGGCGUCACACUAGUGCCAUGCCCCUAAAUGUUGUAUCAUCUGCUGGCAGUUUGAAUGAUAGUUUCAAACGGCUAACUGGUUCGACAUCUGACUUAGAGUCAACUGCUACGUCUAGUGUCAAGCGGCCAAGAAUUGAGGCUAAUCACUCCCUUUUGGAAGAAAUAAGGGAAAUAAACGGAAGACUUAUAGACACAGUGGUUGAUAUCAGUGAUGAAGAUGUUUAUCCUGCUGCAGCAGCUUCAACUGCAGAAGGGGGUGAAGGAACCAUUGUCAAGUGCUCUUUCAGUGCUGUGGCUCUCAGUUCAAACUUGAAAUCACAGUACAUGUCAGUACAAAUGUCACCAAUUCAGCCCUUGCAUUUGCUAGUCCCCACAAAUUAUCCAAAUUGUUCUCCGAUCGUAUUAGACAAGUUUCCGGUUGGAGUCAGUAAGGAGCAUGAAGACCUUUCAGUGAAAGCAAAGUGUAGGUUUAGUAUAUCACUGCGUAGCCUUCCACAGCCCAUGUCACUUAGUGACAUAGCAAGGACUUGGGAUGUUUGUGCCCGAGCGGUUAUUUCCGAUCAUGCAAAACUGAGCGGCGGUGGCAGCUUUAGUUCAAAAUACGGGAGUUGGGAGAAUUGCUUGAGUGCUGCAUAGCCAUCUUUUCCGAUACAGUCAAAAGCCUAAAUCAGAUUUGUUUGAUGAUGGAUGUCAAGAACUUGCCUCAGCUGCUACGGAGGACUGAGUAAGCAGUUUUUGGAUGCAUAUCUUUGUAACUAAAGGAAGCAGUCUCUAUUGAUAGUUGUAGAUUCGAGACAACUCCCCGUGAUGGUUCAUAGCUACUGUCGGUAAGUAAUUAGUGCUCACAUUUCGGCCAACUUCGCUAUAAAUUCUGUUCGGAACCAGCCUUCACUAUGUUAUGUUUAUCUAUAGCAGUUUUUUGGAUGGUUAAGUGGGGAAAGCAUUUUUACUUUGUUGUCUUUGGUUAAUAAUAAGCAGAAUUAUUCA